UCUUCAACGGCCGUCGUGCUGUUUACUUUUUUCAUCUGGCCGUCGUGCUGUUUACAGUUUACACUGUCAUUUGCAAACGCGGUUCCGGGUCUUUUCGGUGCUCUCCUCUACUUAAUCCGGGAAAUGAGUGGCACGUGGAAAAAGUACGUUUUGUGGUUUGCCCAGGAACACGUCGAGUUUCGCCAAGCGGAAAUCGCAUCCCUACUGCGGAUAUGGAAUAUUCGGAUGAACACCGAACCGAAUUAUGACCCCCUGCGACCGUUUUGGGUUGUGGAGCUGCAAAACGACGAUGCGGCAAGGAGGCUGGCCUCCCGGUCGAUGUCGCUGCGGUGCGUGUUUGAGCUGUGGGCACACUCGGCCGGCAAGGGACUGACCGCCUUCCACCAGCAGCUGCGGGAGUACGUCGUCUCGAACAGAGAGCUGCUUGCUCCACACUUCCGGGCGGACAAAACCUUCAAAGUAACGGUUGAAACGUACAACAAACAUUUCAGCCAUCGAGAGAAAGUAGAGAAGAUAGAAACGAUGAACUACCUGCCCCUGGAAGGGGCGGUCGAUCUGAAGAACCCGAACGUACCGUUUUGGUAUAUUGAGUUCUGGGGCAUGGAUCCGACCAGUGUGCCCGAGCAACCGGACGAUGUACUGUUUGGUUUAUGGAUCGCGGACGGCAACCGAGACAUGAUCAACGAGAUAUCGCUCAAGAAGCGCAAAUUCAUCGGUAAUACGUCGAUGGAUGCACAGCUUUCCCUACUUAUGGCAAAUCAGGCGCUGGUACGUAAGGGUGAUCUGGUGCUGGAUCCGUUCGCCGGGACCGGAUCGUUACUCGUGGCUGCCGCCAAAUUUGGGGCGUACGUGAUAGGAGCAGACAUCGAUUAUAUGAUCGUACACGGCAAAUCGAAACCGACACGCGUCAAUCAGAAGGUGCGCGAGAAGGACGAGAGCAUUUAUGCGAACCUGCAGCAGUACGGGUGUGGCGGCCAGUUCGUCGAUGUGCUGAUUGCAGACUUUUCACGUAGCAUUUGGACAAAAGACAUUGUGUUGGAUAGUAUCAUUACCGAUCCCCCGUAUGGAAUUCGAGAGGCUACCGAAAGAAUAGAAUUCAAAACCAAACGGAAAACGACGGUAAUGACGGAGGACGCGGUGCACUAUCCCUCUACCUCACCGUACCAACUAUGCCAGAUGUACCGUGAUUUGCUCCAGUUCUCCGCUCGUCACUUGAAGCUGGGAGGGCGUCUAGUUUGUUGGUUUCCGACGCUCAAGAAAGACUAUAGCACCGAUCUACUGCCCCGUCACAAGUGCCUCCAACUAAUAGCUGACUCCGAGCAACCGCUCUCCGGUUACAGCUCGCGUCGGUUACUCACGUACGAGAAAGUAUCCGACAGCGAGCAAGAUUUCGAUUCCUUCGAGAUGCCCGGUUCGAUAGUGGAAAACUAUCGCGAACGUUACUUUACCGAGCUAUUAUCGGACAGCGGUACACGCAAGGAACGACGCCUUGCGAUGCGUGAGGUUGGUCGAAAGGAAGCCAAGACACGCGGAAAACAGCAGCAACCUGACGGUAAGUGGCGCUAUCCGAAUCCGGAAGUCGAUGUGUGAUCCAUUCCAAUGGAAAGAGCUGGGUGAAGUUCGUUGUAGAAAUACAAUAAAUGAAAAGCAGAGGCAAAUGAAACUGGUGAAUCUGUCUGCGGUAUUUUU